AGCGGUCGUCCCCUUAAGGAAGAAGGCGGAGGUAAAUAUGGCGACACAUAAACCUGAUCUUGUGUGCGAUAGAUAGCUCGACUGAUUUGUACGGAAAAUGAAACUGUCUCCGAGGGUUAUCCCAGGGGCGCUACAUGCACAAAAUAAAGGGGCCUGUGAUUGGGGCUGGCAGUCCGUGGUAGCAUAUGGUUGUCAUAACCAUGUUGUGGUUUUUGACCCCAAGUCAAUGCAGGUUAUCCAGGUUCUUGACCUGCAUGUGGCUCCUUGCACAAGGGUAAAAUGGGGAAGAGAGAAUUAUCACCAUGACUUUGCAUCGCCGUACACCCUUAGACUAGCGUCAGGGGAUGCUUCUGGUAGGAUCAUUGUGUGGGAUAUCGCACAAGGGCAGGCAGUGGCUGACUUCAUAGACAGCCCCAGUAAGACAAUCCUAGACUUGGAGUGGCUUGGGGCCCAGGAUGCCUGUCACGACCUUCUGGUGGCAUUACAUGCUCCUUCAUCCAUGAUAUUGUGGAAUGCCGACACUGGCACCAAACUGUGGAAAAAGACCUUUCAAGAGAAUCUCAUUUGCUUUGCAUUUGAUCCUUUUUCUCCAUCAAAUGUCACAUUAAUGUGUCAGGACUGGAUCCUUUUCAUUGAUGACUUCUCCAUCAACAAAGCUCCAGAAAGUAAUGGCCGCAGAUUUUACCUCACAAGUUCUGGCACUGCCUCACCAAGUAACAGUGGUAUUGUUGGUGGCAGUGGUCAGGUGUCUAGUAGGACUAGCACCCCACGCUCGGCACUGGCCAGGGUCAGGUUAUGGGCUGCUGGUGAACCAAGGAGCAGGCCUGGCGAAGAAAGCGUAGCCCUAAGCGAGUGUCUACAACUUUCUUAUCUGCCUUCCUCCUGCCACAACCUGCUUGCUCUCUUCCCUCGUGAAGUCAUGAUCCUCGACAUGGAGAUAAACCAAGCAAUCUGCUCCUUCAGUCUUGAGCGCAACAGUCCCCCCUUCCUGCAGGUCAUCCCUUGCCGCCAGAGAGAUGUCCUCAUGUGCCUGCACGAAAAUGGCAGCAUCAUCAUGCGUGCUCGCCGACGAGUAACACAAAAUCCAUACUUCAAUGAACCAAACUAUGACAAUACUGACUCCAACAUCUCAGUAGAUAUUAUCUAUGAGACAAAAUGUCAGUCAGAUGCACUUCGCCUCAGCAAAUCCAGCCGCAUUUUUGGCUUUGUUUGUGACCCAAUCAGUGAACGCACCAUAACGAUGGUAAUCAGCGAUGGUCGAGUAGUGAUCUGGAAUCUGAAAGCAAAUAAGUUCCAGACGCCAGACACAGACUUUAUGUCAGAAGAAGCUUUUAAGGCAUCCAUUCCUAUUGUCUCUGAGUUUAGCGAUGGUGUCCAAAGCCCAGUCUUGACUCUUGAGGAUAUGGUCCCACCUCUUAUGACGUCUGGGAAACCAUUGCCAUAUGCGAGCCACUUUAAGUUUCUUAUGUCUGGACUAUUGAGUAGUAUCAGUGCUCCACCCACGUGUGCUGUAAUGUGCCCUCCACUGACCACAAAGAAUUGGGCUUCAUACAAACCACUAGUGGCUAUUGGUAAUACCCAUGGCUGUAUCCAGGUAUUCAAUCUAUCGACAGGACUUUUAACCAAAGAGUACAGCAUUCACACAGGGCCUGUAAGAGGCAUCACCUGGACUGGACUCUCUGCUUUUAUUUCCUGGUCCCAGACAUCAGGAAUCUCGUCCAAAAAUGAAAUACAAAUGCUGGAUCUCAAAACUGGCCAUGCAAGCCAUCUAGCGAUUGGCAAGUCAGCUGAGGAAUCUACCAUAGAGGCUGUUAAGGUCUCUAACCUCAAACAGUACCUCUUCAUUGUUUUUAAAGACAAGCCAAUUCAGCUUUGGGACCUUAAAAACCUGACAGUACUGAAGGAGAUGCCAAAGAAUUUCCCUAGUAUUGUAUCUCUGGAAUGGUCUCCCUCUCACCACUCCAAGCAUUUGAAGAAGAAACAGGCCCAACAGAUGGAAGCAGCAGGGGCAACAGACAUUGCGGCAAACAUACUGAACCCAACCCAGGCAGAAGGCCAGCAGUCACAGACCUGGCUGAGGGAGCAUUUUGUCUGUGUGGAUGCGAAUGGUCUCCUCUACCAUUUCCUGGUGGAGGGAAGCACUGUCAAAGAUGGCUCCAAAGUCCAGUGUGAUAGCACACUUGGUAUCAUCACCACUAUGGCAUGGAAAGGGGACAUUCUUGUGCUAGCGGAUGGCGAUGGGAAUCUAAGUGUUUGGGAACUUAAGGCACGAAUAACAAGGCUGGUAAACACUCAUCGUGGUCAGAUCAAGAAGGUAAAGUUUGCGCCAGGGCGAGGGAACUUCAAGCUCGCUGUGCUGUUCAAUGAUGGCAUGGAUGUAUGGGACCUGCAUCAGAUUGAAUUACACAGCAGCUAUAAGAUCGGCAAAGAGGGCUCACCAUCUGUCGACAUGGACUGGUUGGCGUCCGACUUGCCGUAUGUCAUACAGUCCAGUGGUUGUCUUCAAGUGAUGGACUUGGAGCUGAAGACGUGCACAUCUUCUAUGAAUCAGAUGGACCAGCAUGACCCGAUCUGGUGCCCACACGUGAUGGAAUCCAAAUCAGCUCUCAUCAUGAAGACCAUCUUGCAGCACCAGCUUGGUCGUGAUAAGCAGUCCAUGGACAACAUCCAAGAUUUAGAGCUGAGCGACGAGUUGACGGGAUCGAUCCAGCGCCAGCUGAACCUUCUUCCUCCUGCAAUCGCCAGCUUCCUUGCCGUGAGUCCCCUGGGUACCGCUCAGAAGUGUCUUCUGGCUGCAAGACUGUUUGGUGAUGAAGCAGAGGCGGUCUUCUGGGACGUGGCCUUGCACUAUCUUCGCCGGGAGAAAGCAAGACUGUCUUGCAGUCAGCAUAAGGCCAAUCACAAGCCACCUCUUCUCGCACGUGAUCGCUCCAACUCCGACUUCUUCAACCCUGCAGAUGCCACCGCGAAAAUUCGCCGCUCAUUCAGCUCCAGGUCCCUGGACCUACUAUCGAUCGAUGACGACCUAGAUAUGACUGCCAAGGAGGAGAAUGGGGCUAGUGAUGAUUGCCGCUGUUAUCCUGUCUCCUUGGACAAUUGUUACGAGAUUCUGUGCGACACGGACGCAUUUCAGAAAGCUCAGUUGGACCGAACAGCACUCCACGACAGUAAGAGAUCCACUUAUGGGCAUACAAGGAAGUGCGCCGAGGCUCUUGUCCUGCUAGGACAGGCCGACCGUGCUGUUCAGUUGUUCCUGGAAACGGAUGCCACUAAUGAGAAUUACUAUGUAGACUCACUAAGGGCGUGCCUUGUGGCUACCAUCCGUUCCUCUGGGGCAUCACAGAGUACCAUCAAGCUAGUAGCUACAAAUCUCAUCGCAAGUGGCAAACUCACUGAGGGUAUCCAGUUGCUGUGUUUGAUUGACAAGGGGCUGGACGCCUGCCGUUACCUACAGACGUAUGGCGAGUGGCAGAGAUCCGCCUCCCUCGCUAAGGCCACGCUGAACUAUCCGGACUGUGCCGAGGUGAUGCGUCGAUGGAUUGAGCAUCUUUCUAGCACUCACACCAGUCAACAGAGUAAAGCAGUGUUGGUGUUACUAUCUCUGGGCAAGUUCCACAAGGCACUCGAGAUGUUACACAGCAUGAGGUAUUUUGACCGCGCCGCGCUGUUUGCCGAGGCGUGCCAUGACUUUGGUUUCUUCCUGAACCAGGACGAGUCGUCCAUUUCUCUAGUCGAGAAUGUGUACGCAGAGUACGCUCGCUAUCUUCAGGGCCUGGGGCUGAGGAAGGCCGCAUUGUAUUUCGGGAGCAAAGCAGGGGAUAAAGGGCGGCAGUUUUUAGAGGGGAUCUAAACCGUAUUGUGUCGCCAUAGAAGUCUGGCCGAGGAAGGCUGCUGCAUGUUGCAAGCAUGUAUUACAAGGAAUCUAUACCACACUGCUGUUGCCAUGGAGACUUGGUUCCAGGGUGGUUAUAAUAGCCACUCGUCUAGAAAAGAAAACAAUUUAAUACCGUUUCAGCAAAACGUUGGUGGUGGUUUGUGGUGUCUAAGUCUCCCCAUCCCCUUUAUGGUGCCAACUUCAACUCACCGCAAAAAGAGAUGGUGGGAUCUAUAACAUUACGUCCAUAGUUCUAUACUCCAUCCCUCAGGAUUAAUUCAUAAUAAUGAUAUUGACCUUGUAUGUUAGACAAAAUGUAAAAUGUUGUAUCUUGGGUAAUGACUACUACAUCGUGGACAACGACGGCAGAAAAGAAUGAAUUGAGAAUUCAAUAGCGGCACGCAAGCGUUUUGCCCGACACAUUUCAGCCGUUUUCCACCAACCCAGUACGAAAAACCCCAAAUUUCACGGUCAAUUGAGGACGCGGAUAUUCGCACUGUAAACUCUACCUACUUUCACUCUGUUGGAAUGUUAUCCUUAGUUUAUUUUCAUCUAUCUGAGUGGUUUUCAAAAACCCGUGCAACAAAAUGCAAUUGUUAAAGUGUAAUAGUCGAGCCAGAACAAAAAAGAAUAAAGGCAUUACAGGGUAUUAGUGCUAAAUAAACUAAAAAGUAUUUCACGGGUUUUUAAAAAACACCCCAAUGUGUUUUUAUAUUAUUACAUUGCUACUAGUUUUGUACUGGGCGUCGAGCGCGAGUGCAUUUUUUUCGAUUUCGUUGGCCCUGUCUAGUAUAAACGGCCAGCAAAGUCGACAACGUUUUUGUGUUCUUAUUUGUGAUGAUAUGUUUUGUUUCGGCUCUGGACUUGGUUUGUGUACCGGUAUAUUGCGUACUUAAUAAAUGUGAUAGAAAUAUAUAAUAAACAAGUGAUUGCAUAAA